AUGCCUUCACAACAUGCCCCGAAUGUGGAUUUCAAAGGCAGUGGGGAGGAGCCGAUUUCGCUGUCUAUCCACGACGAUGAAUCCGGUUAUGCAUCGGCAUCGUCGAGCACCGAGAGCCUUCCCGAGGUCUACUUCAGCAAAGCUCAUCUCAAGUACUUGAACGCUCAACUCCAGAAGCUCGAGCCUGAGGACAUUCUUCGUUGGUGUGUCACUUCUCUGCCAGGACUCUACCAGACCACUGCCUUUGGCCUCACCGGCCUGGUAACACUGGACAUGCUUUCCAAACUCUCUGGACCCAUCAAGCCCAAAGUGGACCUCAUCUUCCUGGAUACUCUCCAUCAUUUUGACGAGACCCUCGCCUUGGUCGAAAAGGUCCGCAAGCGAUAUGGUACCACCAUCCACGUCUACAAGCCCGAGGGCUGCGAGACUGCCGACGACUUUGCCGCCAAGCACGGAGAGAGGCUGUGGGAGACCAACGACGAGCUGUACGACUAUGUGGCCAAGGUUGAGCCUUCGCACCGUGCCUACUCGGAGCUCCAAGUCAAGGCCGUCCUCACCGGCCGGCGGAGGAGUCAGGGAGGCAAGCGGGGCGAUCUGAACAUUGUUGAAGUCGACGAGACGGGCCUCAUCAAGGUGAACCCCCUUGCCAACUGGUCGUUCAAGCAGGUCCAAGAGUACAUUGAAGCGAACAACGUCCCGUACAACGAGCUGCUCAACAGGGGUUACAAGAGCGUGGGCGACUGGCACUCGACGCAGCCCGUUGCCCAAGACGAGGACGAGCGAUCGGGAAGAUGGAAGGGAAAGGCCAAAACCGAGUGCGGCAUCCACAACCCCAAGUCAAGAUAUGCUCAGUUCCUUGCCCAGCAGAAGCUGCAGCAGCAAGAAGCGGAGCUGAGCCAAGCCCUGCAGAGCGUGGUGGUUUGA